AUGGUGGGCUUUAAUUCCUUCAACCCUCUCAAGGCAACCAAACGACAUACUCAAUAUUCAGGCAUACCUGCUCAAGAAGAACCGUCCCGAGACCAUGAUAGCGAGAAGCAGGGACAACAUGAAGAUUCAGACGAAGAAGAUACGGACUAUUCCUCCUACCCAUCAUCACCUUCCUCUUCGAGAGAUACAUCGAAUUCAUAUCAUUCUAAUGCUCCGAUACUGCGGAAAAGGGCAAAUACAGCUACGCAACGACCAGCUCCUCGAAGAUUACCUGCUAGAGUUAUGAGAUAUCUAUGUUUAGCGAUGAUAUCGACCGUUGUCAUAUUUAUGCUGAGUUUGGUGCGGAUGAGCCAUUUAUCGACACAAAAAGUUCAAGGCGGUCAUGUAUUAGUACCACCACUUCCGCUUUGGGAAACGUUCCCAUUCUUAUCGCGAUAUUACGGUGGAAUAAGGACAUUGGUCCCGCUUUCCCAGAACAAACCGGAGUAUCCUCGAGAGGAGGAUGAAUUGCCUCUGCAGAAUGAGACCUCAAUUGAGGAGACAGCUACACCUGCGCGUAGUCUUCCGGCCAGUAUAACAUUCCAGGCAUAUACUAACAAUAUCUCUGGGGUAUUCAAUGACGAUUAUGCGCCCGUCCAAGAGUGUUUCCUCGAUCGCGAGAACACUGUGCGUGCACCACGGCUACAGUAUUACGAAGGCAGACCAAGCGGGUUCCCGGAUCAUAUUAUGGGGUCGUAUGAAGUUCUCGGUUUACCAGAAGACAUCUGUUUCGAACGAUAUGGCAGAUUGGGACCUUACGGUUAUGGAUAUGGUUUGAGAUACGGUGGAACUGGGACGGGCCAACAUGGAGAGAUGGAAGGUUCUGAUGCUGUUUGGGCAGAUAACUCAAACGCAGAGCAGAUGCAUUCUGGCCAGGUUGACUACAGAAAGGUUGAUUGGGCCGAUGCUCAGAGUAGAUGUCAUCAAGGCAAUGCUGCACGCUUCCAACCAAUUGAACCGGUCAUCAAAAAGCCCACUACGUUUUCGACCGUUUACGAACAGAAAGAUAGCCGCCUACUAACAAGGGAUGAACAGGUCGAAUCCGUUCCCAAUGCCAAUUCAAGUGCAGUUGAUACCACCUCCAACGUAGUUGCAACACCACCCAAGAAAUAUCUUCCACGAACUGCAUUCGUCAUUCGACUCUGGGACGAAUAUAUGUGGCGGGAGGAGGAUAUUAUGGCGCUGAGAGCAUUGAUAUCCGAAAUUUCCAUUGGUUCAGGUGGUCAAUACGACGUCCAUCUCUUGGUUCAAGUCAAGGACCCUGCUGUGCAUCCCGUCUUCGCUGAUGAAGAUACAUAUCAACAGCAUUUGAAAGAUUGCCUGCCUGAAGAAUUUGUUGGAAUUGCGACAUUCUGGAGUGAAACUCAAAUGCUUAUGCUCUACCAAGGCUUGUUCGACACCUUCAUUCGUGGUCUACCGGUUCAUGGAUCUUAUCGGGGGCUUCAGAUGGCAAUGCAAUGGUUUGCUCACAACCAUCAGGAGUAUGACUUCUUCUGGGAAUGGGAGGCUGAUAUUCGAUAUACUGGACAUUGGUAUCACUUCCUGUCGAAAAUUAAUUCCUGGACAAAGGAACAGCCCCGCAAAGGCCUGUGGGAGCGUAGCAGUAGAUUCUAUGUCCCAGAGGUUCAUGGUACAUGGGAGGACUUCAAACAAAUGGUUCGUGUACAAACCGAGAUUGGGACUGAAAGCCCGAACAAUAUGUGGAUGGGCAUUAAUGGCCAGAAAGGCGGACCAGUGCGCAAAGGCGAGAAGCCAAUCUGGGGACCUGAACGUCCUUCAAAUUCGGAUGACUGGUUCGAGACGGAGAACGACCCCGUUCCUCCUACUAGCUACGACAAGGACAAGUACACGUGGGGUGUGGGUGAGGAUGCUGAUCUUAUUGUGUUUAAUCCACUUUUUGAUCCGGAUGGAACUACCUGGAUUCUCGCAGAAGAUGUCACAGGCUACAACCUUACCGGAGGUCUACCACCUCGCCGGGCGACUAUCAUUGCAGCAUCGAGAAUGUCACGCAAACUACUAAAUACUAUGCAUCGUGAAACCACAUUUAUGAAGCAUCAUGCUUUUACGGAAAUGUGGGCUCCAACGACGGCACUACAUCAUGGCUACAAAGCAGUCUCUGUUCCUCACCCGUUGUUCGUUGAUCGUGAAUGGCCAACCGAAUAUCUCGCAAGUAUCAUGAACGGUGGAAGAAACGGUGCCACUGGUGGAGCGCGAACCUCGGUAUUCGGCGACCGAGAGCACAAUCUCCGCGGAUUGACCUGGUUCUAUAACACUGGCUUCGCACCCAAUCUAUGGAGAAGAUGGCUCGGCUUCAAGGUUGACAAUGAAGGAGGCGAAGAAUUCGAAAUAACUGUCAAUGAAGGUAGAAAUGGGCAACAUGUCAAUGACAUGAGAGGCGGAGAAGGCCGAAUGUGCUUACCACCCAUGUUAUUACAUCCCGUGAAAGGUGUAGACAUACCCGUUGAAGGAUUAUCCCGUCUCAACGAGGAAGAGCUGCCGGAAAGUGAUCCGACGGCUUAA